UCGCUCUGCUGCUAGAAUGUCAUGUCCUACUCCGCCUACUCCCGUACUCUAGAUGUGUAGAUGUGAGCGAGUGAGCAGAAGAAGAGGCAAUAAUUGAACAGCUAACCGCUCUCAACCGGCAACUCUCGGCUUUCUUUUUCGUGAAAUCGUGUUGAGCAUCCUUGGUUACAAUGGCACAGGCAUUCGUACGACUGAGUCAGCUUGGCUUUGGUUUAGCAACAGCUGGUGUUAUUGUAAAUUCAGCUCUAUUCAAUGUUGAUGGUGGCUUUAGAGCUGUAAUAUUUGACAGGUUUAAAGGGGUCAAGCAAGAUGUUAUUGGAGAAGGAACACACUUCUUCAUCCCAUGGGUUCAAAGACCUAUUUUAUUUGACAUUCGUAGUCGGGCCAGAAAUGUACCCGUUAUGACUGGUAGUAAAGAUCUUCAAAAUGUUAAUAUCACCCUUCGAAUCCUGUUCCGGCCUAUUCCUGACCAACUUCCGCGUAUUUACACCAUCCUUGGUGAAGACUAUACUGAACGAGUUUUGCCCUCCAUCACCACUGAAGUUCUGAAGGCUGUUGUGGCCCAGUUUGAUGCUGGUGAACUGAUCACUCAGAGAGAGUUAGUCUCACAGAAAGUAACUGAAGAUCUCAUGGAAAGAGCAGCACAAUUCGGAGUUAUUUUGGAUGACAUCUCAAUUACACAUUUAACUUUUGGCAAAGAGUUCACGCAAGCUGUUGAACUUAAGCAGGUUGCUCAGCAAGAGGCUGAGCGAGCUCGUUUCCUUGUCGAAAAAGCCGAGCAAACGAGGAAAGCUGCAGUCAUCUCUGCUGAAGGUGAUGCACAGGCUGCUAUUUUACUGGCUAAAUCUUUUGGAGAAGCUGGUGAAGGUUUGGUUGAACUUCGACGAAUUGAAGCUGCUGAAGAUAUUGCCUACCAGUUGGCAAGAUCAAGACAAGUAUCUUACCUUCCUUCUGGUCAAAAUAUUCUUCUCAACUUGCCAGCUCAGUAGACCCAAAUUAGUGAACACUACCAUCUCUUAGUGACAAUAGUUUCAUGUGGUUGGGCUACAUUCCUGAUAUUUGGGAAAGUCAAAUUAAAAACUGUUAUUAGGUUUAUGGCCAAUUUACAGUGAAUUUAAUCUGGGCCCAUUGCUAUCAUACUGAAAAUUAUUCUGUUCCUGUAACUGUACAUAUUUUUAUUCUUACAUCUGUUGUGAAUUUGAAUGCAUGAUUUUGUUUUUUUAGAGCAGAACUCAUCUAAUUCAAAUUUAACUACUGAGAAGUUGCAUUUGAAAGGAUUGGAUUAUUACCUUGUAGAUUGUUGCAUUUUUCAAAACCUUUAUUGAUGUAUCUUGUAAUUUAGUUUAUUUGUCCUGUAUUGUUCAUUCUUUUUACCUCAGAUUUUUCUCCUAGUUUAUUCUGUUUUGAGCUGUGUGUUCAUCAAUUACGACAUAUUUUGACAAUACAUACCUCUUAAUGAA